CGCGGUUAGUCGGCGCGCGGGCCGGGCCGGGCCGGCGCCCCGUCACCCUUGCUCGCCCGCGUCGCCCCGGGCUCUGGGGAAUGCCCCCGGCCGGGCCCCCCCAUGGCCGCCGACGUGUUCAUGUGCUCCCUGCGCCGGCCCCGCAGCCGGGGCCGCGCGGUGCUGCUCAAGCCCCAGGUGCCCGAGGACGACGACGACUCGGACACGGAUGAGCCGUCUCCGCCGCCCGCCUGCGGCGCGGCCACCCCGGCCCGGGGCCACGCGAGCGCCGCGCCACUGCCGCCCAAGGCCGGGUCGGGCAGCGAAGAGCCUCCGCGCCGCCAGCAGAUCAUCCACAGCGGCCACUUCAUGGUGUCGUCGCCGCACCGCGAGCACCCGCCCAAGAAGGGCUACGAUUUCGACACGGUCAACAAGCAGACGUGCCAGACCUACAGCUUCGGCAAGACCAGCUCCUGCCACCUGUCCAUCGACGCCUCGCUCACCAAGCUCUUCGAGUGCAUGACCCUGGCCUACAGUGGGAAGUUGGUGUCUCCGAAGUGGAAGAACUUCAAGGGCCUGAAGCUCCAGUGGAGAGACAAGAUCCGGCUCAACAACGCCAUCUGGCGGGCGUGGUACAUGCAGUAUUUGGAGAAGCGCAAGAACCCCGUGUGCCACUUUGUCACUCCGCUGGACGGCUCUGUGGAGGUGGACGAGCACCGGCGGCCGGAGGCCAUCACCACGGAAGGGAAGUACUGGAAAAGCCGCAUUGAGAUCGUGAUCCGGGAGUAUCACAAGUGGAGGACCUACUUCAAGAAAAGGCUCCAGCAGCACAAGGAUGAGGACCUCUCCAGCCUGGCCCAGGACGAUGACAUGCUUUAUUGGCACAAGCACGGGGACGGCUGGAAGACCCCCGUCCCCAUGGAGGAGGACACGCUGCUGAACACAGACAUGCUCAUGUCGGAAUUCAGCGACACCCUCUUCUCCACGCUUUCCUCGCACCCGCCCGUGGCCUGGCCCAACCCUCGCGAAAUAGCACAUCUGGGAAAUGCAGACAUGAUUCAACCGGGGCUGAUUCCUUUGCAGCCCAACCUGGACUUUAUGGACACUUUUGAGCCUUUCCAGGACCUCUUCUCCUCCAGCCGCUCCAUUUUUGGCUCCAUGCUGCCCGCACCUGCCUCAGGGCCUGCACCAGAUCACAACAGCCCACCUGCUCAGGAGAGCGUCCUGCCAGCCACCGCUCUGCCCUCCCCGAGCCUCCCUGACGGCUUCAUCGCGCCCCCUGCAGCCGCGGCCCUGGACCCCACGAGUGGGCAGGGCUGUGCGCACACCUCCCAGCCAGGGGACCCCUUUCUCCAGCCCGCAGACCUAGGUCCCUCGGCGCCACCACUGAGCGUCCCCCAGCCCUUCCUGCCCGUGUUCACCAUGCCCUUGCUGUCGCCCAGCCCAGCCCCGGCGCCCGCUUCCCCCGUCUUGCCAUUAGGCCCUCCUCCCGCCGCUGCCCCGAACCCCCCGACUCCCCCUGCCUUCCUGCAGCCGCAGAAGUUUGCCGAAGUCAGCAAGUCGCCCCCUGUCAUCACCCACACGGCCUCUGCCACCCUCACCCACGACGCCUCUGCCACCACGUUCAGCCAGAGCCAGGGCCUCAUCAUCACCACCCACUAUCCCACCCCCUCCGCGUCCCCCUGUGGCCUGGCGCUGUCUCCGGUCACCCGGCCACCGACCGUCGGGCCCCCUCAACCCCGUUUAACUUUCGUGCACCCCAAGCCCGUAUCCUUGCCUGGGGGGAGGCACAAGCAGCCCCCCAAAAUAGUGCCUGCUCCCAAACCAGAGCCCAUGUCCUUGGUAUUGAAGAAUGCUUGCCUCGCCCCAGCUGCCUUUUCAGGACAGCCCCAAGCAGUGAUCAUGGCGUCAGGCCCUCUGAAGAGAGAAGGGGUGCUGGCCUCCACCGCGCCCCAGGCCGGCGUGGUCAUCGCGCCUGCUGCCGUCGCCAGGGCUCCUGGGGUCACAGAGUUCCACGGCGGCAUCCUGGUGACAGACCUUGGCCACGGCCCAGGCAGCCAGCCUGCUCCCAUCUCCCGGCUCUUCUCUCCCAGCACGGGGCCCGACUCCCUGGUAAAGGGCGAGCAGGUCCCGCCACAUGGGGGCGUCGCCCAGGUCCCCGCCACGGGUGCCAGUCGAGACUGCCCGAACUCAGGGCAGGCCUCUCCGUGUGCUUCAGAACAGAGCCCCAGUCCUCAGUCUCCCCAGAACAACUGCUCAGGGAAAUCUUCUGCAGACCCCAAAAAUGUGGCUGCUUUAAAGAACAGGCAGAUGAGGCACAUUUCAGCCGAGCAGAAAAGGCGUUUCAACAUCAAGACGGGCUUUGACACCCUCAGCAGCUUGAUCUCCAAUAACACCAAGCUGACCAGCCACGCCAUCACGCUGCAGAAGACCGUGGAGUACAUCACCAAGUUGCAGCAGGAGCGCAGCCAGAUGCAGGGGGAGGCCCGGCGGCUGCGAGAGGAAAUCGAGGAGCUCAACACCACCAUCAUCUCCUGCCAGCAGCUGCUGCCCGCCACGGGCGUCCCCGUCACCCGGCGCCAGUUUGAUCACAUGCGAGACAUGUUUGACGAAUAUGUGAAAAGCCGGACUCUGCAGAAUUGGAAGUUCUGGAUUUUCAGCGUCAUCAUCAAGCCGCUGUUUGAGUCCUUCAAGGGUGUGGUGUCCAGCAGCAGCCUGGAGGAGCUGCACCGGACGGCGCUGUGCUGGCUGGACGAGCACUGCUCCCUGCCCGUUCUCAGGCCGACCGUGCUGAACACCCUCCGGCACCUGAGCACCACCACGUCCAUCCUGACGGACCCGUCCCAGCUGCCGGAGCAGGCGGCAGAGGCCGUCACCAGAAUGGGCCAGAGAUCUGGGGAGUCUUAGCAGUGCUUAGCGGGCACAUGGCCGCGUGAGAAGCCGUGGAGACCCUCCCCGCCUGUGGAGAGGAGGCCGUGCCCCUCACCCCUCCUGAUGCGGAGCUUCCAGGCCUCCCUCCGACUGCGGCCCAGGCCGCUCAGAACGCCGCGCUCAGGUCUGAAGCAGGUUCGGGUCCUGCCCACAGCAGUAGCCCAGCUUAGGGAACCCCUUGCUGUGAACUCUGACUCAGUGACCUCUGUCACCGACCUCCCCUCCCCUCGGGGUAGCCCGGAUGGAGGGGAACAGAGGGGCGCACUGCCCGCCCCUGUCCUGCCCUGUCCUGUCCUGCUGGUGGGGUGGCGGGGCCGCGGCGGCGGUGCG